UCGAGAUUAUUGCACGGCGGCGAUUACUUUAGUUGAUAAAAAGGAAAAAUUAUUACACGGCGCGGUGUAGAAAGGAGAGAGAAAGAGGGAAAGGUUGACUACGACAAUGGCAGUUCCGAGGGGAGGCAAUGGUUUGAUGGAAGAAGAAGACGAUGUUGACGGAGUUAACGCUCUUAUUCAGGAAAACGGCGUUGACGACGACGGCGAUCCCGAGCUUUCCUCUCACCUCCGUGACUUGGCCGCCGCAGCUCAAUCCGGUGACGUCGUCGCCUUGGGCACCGCCAUUGAGAAUUUGAAUGGGAGAGUUGAUGAGCCACUUGAGGAUAAUGACUCGGCACUUCACCUGGCGUGUCUAUAUGGUCACCUCCCUUGUGUUCAGCUUCUCCUAGAAAGAGGAGCUAAUAUGGAGGUCAAAGAUGAAGACGAAGCAAUUCCUCUACAUGAUGCUUGUGCUGGAGGAUACUUGGAAAUAAUAGAGCUUCUUUUUAGCCGAGCUAGUGAUCCCGAAUCAGUGAAGAGAAUGAUCGAAACAGUCGACAUAGAAGGUGACAGUCCUCUGCAUCAUGCAGCGAGAGGUGAGCAUGUUGAUGUGAUUAGGUUUUUGCUGGGUUCAGGGGCUUCACCAACGCUGAAAAACUCCUAUGGGAAGACACCAGGUGAAUUAGCUGAUGUAAACACUGAUGCUAGGAGGAUUCUCGAAGCUGCUAUAGGCGACUCAGUAAUCUCCUAGUGAUUCUGCAAAUUAAUAUGCUCGGGUCUAAAUGUUUUAACUUUUUCUCAUUUUAUUUUCGGUGGUUUCUCAUACCAAGGUUUUUAAUCUGAUAGUGACUGAUGAUACCUAUGAAUUAAGAACGACGUGUCUGUUUUAGUUAUUGAUGAAACAGAAAGUUGAACAA